AUGUACAGCGCCGCGUCGGACAGCGCCAAGGCGGACAGGAAGGCGGCGGAGAUGGGCUACGAGGUCGAGGACUGGGCGAACAACGACCUCGGCACGGCCGUCGGCUGGUGGACGAAGAACCGCGGCGACGACGAGGACGAGGAGGCCAAGGCGAAGGACGACCUGCGCGCGGAGCUGCGGCAGCGCGCGACGGCGCGGGGCUCCGAGCCCAAGCUCGUCGCGCCGCUUCGAACGCUCGGCGGCGCGCUGGCCCGCGCGCACAAGUCCGGCGACGCGGCGCGCGUGCGCGACGUCAUCGCCGGGCUCGACCGGUGCAAGGUGGACGUGGAGGCGCUGAAAGCGCUGAAGUCCGUGACGCGGCUCCUGGGGGCGCUGCGGAAGUCGGAGCUCGGCGGCGUCGCCGAGCGCGCGCGCGACCUCGUGGCCAAGUGGAAGCGCAUCCUGGCCCGCGAGGAGGAGGAGAAGGCGCGGCUCGAGUCGAGGCGCCGCGCCGCCGCCGCGGAGAAUAGUGACGCGAUGCUCACGCGGCUCGCCGGGCGCGGCCGCGCGCUGGGCGCGGCGGCGUCGUCGCCGCGCGCCUACACGCUGCGAGAGGUGCUCGCCCACUGCAGCCUCCCCACGGCGGAGGCCGCGGCGACGACGUACGCGGACGUGAAGGAGCGCUGCGACGAGCAGCUCGCGCGCGUCCGCGCGCUCGAGGCGGCGUCGAAGAAGCCGCGCGGGCUGGCGACGGUCGUCGCGCUCUACUCGGGCGUCGUCGACGAGCUCGAGGCCGCGGGCGGCCUCGUCGGCGGUGUCGGCGAGGACCUCGUCGCGGUGCACCGCGCGCUGGUCUCCGUCGAGCAGCGCCACGCGCUCUUCGGGCCGUCGGUCGUCGACGCGCUCAAGGAGGGCGCCAUCGACGAGUCGCAGGCGGCGCUCGCGGAGGACUGCCUCGCGGCGCACAUCGGCGCGUCGCUCCUGCUGCGGAACCACCUCGCGGCGCACGCGCCGGAGCUCGAGAACCCGGGCGGGUCCGCGACGCCGGACCGGGGCGUCGGCGCCGCCCGCGAGCGCGCGAGCGUCGCGGCCGCGGUCGACGCGGCCGCGACCGAGGCCGUCAUGCUCACCGAGUACGCCUACGACCUCCUGGAGCCCCCCGUCGUCGCCGUUUCCGGGGGCGACGUCUCGGCCUUCUGUGUGCCGCACCACGUGACCUACGUCGUCCACGAGCUCCUCAAGAACGCCCUCGUGGCGACGGUCGAGCGGCGCAUCCGCGACCACGGCCGCGACGCCGACGACGACGACUUCCCCCUGAGCCCCGUCGAGGUCGCGCUCGCCGCGGGCGACGGCGAGGUCGUCGUCGAGGUCACGGACCGCGGGGGCGGCAUGCCCGAGGACGCGAUCGCCGCCUGCCUCGCCCUGCGGCCCGGCCUCGCGCGCUACGACCGCCUCGACGACCCGGGCGGCAGCUACAACAGCGGGUCCCUCGCGCCCGUCUCCGGCGUCGGCAUGGGCCUGCCGAUGGCGAAGCUCUACGCGCGCCACUUCGGCGGCGGCCUCCGCCUCGCCUCGGACCUCGGCGCGGGGACGACGACCGCGACGGUCUCCCUCCCCACCGACGUCGGGACGCCCGAGGCCCUCCCGCCCCCGCCGCCGGCGGCGAACACCCCCUGGGGUCGACGCAGCGUUUCGCGCCGCCGGCGCGCCGCGGCGGCCAGCGCGGACCUGCGCCACAACAGCGCGCAGCGGCGGAGCGGCGGCCGGUGGUACGCGUGGCUCGUCGCGCUGCUGGGGCUCGGCUACGUCGCGGCGCUCGUCGGCUUCCGCGCCCUGCACGGCCGCGCGGCGGCGGCGCCGCCGAGCUCCUACUUCGUGCUGCCGCCGCCGGAGCCGUGGUCGCCGGCCGCGGCCGACGUCGUCGCGGCGGCGCUCGAGGCUCCGGGUCCCGCGGCCGCCGCCGCCGCGACGGCCGCGCCGACGGCCGCCGCGGGCGACGAGGCGACGGUCAACGAGGCGCUCGCCGAGCUCGGCGUCGCGGCGCCGGCCGCCGCGGCGACGACCGCGCACGGCCGCCAGAACAACCGCGACACGAUCUUCGUCGCGGGCCUCCCGAUGAGCGGGUCCGACGCGGUCGCGGAGCUCGUCGCCGCGGGCCGGGGCGCCGCCGCCGCGACGGCGGCGACGUGGAGCGAGGCCGAGGGCCGCGCGCUGCGCCGCGAGGCCGUCGUGCGCGUGCCCGGCGCGCCGCCCGUCGGCGAGAAGGUCUUCGAGGGCCUCGCGGCCGCGACGGCGCGCGCGGGCGGCCGCGCGACGUUCGUCGUCGUGCUGCGCCACCCCCUGGCCUGGGCCGUGUCCAUGGGCCUCGCGCGGCAGAUCCAGAGCUCCGAGGCCGGCGGGCCGGGCCACCGCCACGGCCGCGGGCUCACGCCCUUCGGCGACGACGUCGUCUCCGCGUUCGCGUUCUGGAUGGAGGCCGUCGAGGCGCUCGUCGGCGAGUGCCUCACGGGCGUCGACUGCGUCGUCGUCCACAGCGAGGCCGCCGUCCACGACGACGUCGCCGCCGCGGUGCUCGCCAUGGUGCCGCGCGCGGCCCCCGCGCCGGCGGCGCCCGCGCCCGCGCUGUCGCCGUCCGCCGCGCGCAUGCUCGGCGUGGCGUCGAACGCGGCGCUGAUCCGCUGCUGGCUGCGCGGCGUGAAGUGGCACCUCGUGCGGCGCGAGUGCGAGCGCGAGCGGGGGCAGUACACGGACGAGGAGAAGCUCGUGGCCACGGCGCGCCACGUGGACUUUUGGACCGUGAAGCGGCGCUACGAGUGCGCCCUCGACGGCUACGGCUACAGCAUGCGGUCCUUCGAGUCGCUCCUCUCCUGCAGCAAGCUCUGCCUCGGCGGCGUCGCGGCCGCGCUCGACUCGCCGCCCGUGCAGCUCGAGCUCAUCGAGGGCCGCGUCGCCGCGCGGUCCGCGGCCGUGGCCUUCGCCGAGGCCAACGGGUCCAUGCCCGUGCGCGGCGCCGCGGGCAAGCGCCUCGUCGGCGACGUCAUCGUCGCCUUCUUCAAGGUCUACCACGGCGCGCAGUCCGCGGGCGGCCGCGGCGGCAUGUUCAUGCGCAUGCAGCAGGUCGUCCGGUCGCUGUCCGACGCGGGUUUGACGGUCCACUUCAUCUGCCACUGCGAGAUGCCGCCGGGCCACCUCCUCGACACGACCUGGGCGCCGGCGGGCACGCGGUUCUACUCCGGCGACACGCAGCAGCAGCUCGACCAGAUGCUCCCCUACGCGUGCGGCGGCGAGGCCGACGUGAAGGCGCUCUUCCUCUUCGUGACGUCGCUGACCGUGGACAUGCACUUCCGCGCCGCCGUGAAGAAGGCCCAGUACUGGUGGAAGGAGCCGAAGCUCGGGAGCCUGCCCUCGGAGAAGAUCAAGGCCCGCGUGCGCGCGCACAGCCCGGGCCUCCGCGUCGUCGCGCUCACCGACGACGUGCACCACAUCCGCGCGGCGGAGGCCUUCAAGGACGUCGGCGCGCGGCAGCCGUUGAACGUCGCCUUCAUGCUCGCGUGGCUCAAGCGGCGCGAGCUGGCCCUCUACUACGAGGCCGCGGACGUCUUGACGGUGAGCUCCGAGGACGCGGACGCGAUCGCCGCGGACCUGGACCUGCUCUACGGGGCGUCGCCGGCCGUCGACGCGGCGCUCGCGGGCCGGUCGCGCGCGCCGCCGCGCGUGUCCUGGGCGCCCUUCGUGCAGACGGACGUCGGCGCGAGCGACGAGCCCGUCGCGGGCGCGCUCUGGAACAAGACGGGCCUGCUCUACGUGGGCAUGCCCCACCCCCUGGCCAUCCCCGCCGUGAAAUGGUUCGUGCGCGAGGUCCUGCCGCGCCUCGCGGCCGUGCUCGAGGACGAGAAGGGCAUGCCGAAGGACUUCGUGGACUCCCACGCGACGCUCCACCUCGCGGGCGGCGGCCUCGACGCCCACCGCUGGCGCCAGGCCUACCGCGACGCGCCGCGGGCGGCCCAGAGGCGCGUGAAACACGUCGGCGCGCUCAGCGACGAGGAGCUCACGGCGGAGCUCCUCCGGUACCGCCGCGUCUUCGUCGCGCCGCUCUUCAACAACACGGGCAUCGCGACGAAGGUCGUCAACGCCAUGAGCCACGGGUUGCCCGUCGUGACGACGUCGGGCGGCUGCCGGGGCCUCGGUUUGGACGAGGACGGCGACGUGUUGCUGGUCGCGGACGACGCGCUAACGUUCGCGCGCGCCGUCGCGGAUUUGCUCGUGGACGACGCUUUGUGGCGCCGCGUGUCCGAGAACUCCGUGCGCCACGUCGCGGACCACCUCUCCAAGGAUUCGCUGACGCGCGUCGUCCGGGGCGUCGUCGCGCGCGCGUUCGACGGCGGCGGGGAACCGCCGGAGGACGCCGCGGAGAGGCCCCCCGGGCUCGUCUACGCGCCGCUCGCGGACCUGCCGCGCGCGCGGGACGGUCCCCUGGCCGUCGACGCGUCCUGCGCGGCGCUCGACGGCGCCCUGUCGAACCCGUCCAUCGCGACGGUGGGCGGCGCGGAUUUGUUCGCCGCGCGGCUCUCGCGGCCGCGCGGCGCGGGCGACGAAACCGUCGGCUUCGACGCGCGCCUCGUCGUCGGCGCCGUGGAGCGCGGCGCGCUGUCGCGCUGCGUCGCGUCGGACCCCAUCGCCGACGCGGGCUUCGCGUCCUGCGGGGGCUCGAAGUCGCCCUACGGCGUCCGCUUCGUCGACGAGCCGCGGCUCUUCGGCUGGCGCGGCGAGCCCUGGGUGCUCUUCGCCGGUCGGCCCACGUGCAACGCGCGCGGCGGCGGCUGCGCCUGGUGCACGUCGGACCUGCAGAUCCUCCAGUACCUCGCGCGGGUCGGCCCGGACGGCGCGCUCGCGGCGCCGCCGCUGCCCGUCGCGUCGACGCGCGACGCGCUCGGCAGCGUCCAGCGCGCCUUCACGCCCUUCGUCGGCGGCGACGCGCUCUACCUCGUCUCGGCCCUCGAGCCCCACGUCGUCCUGCGGGUGAACGCGACCGCGGAGGCGCGGGGCGGCGCGCGCGUCGCGGCAGCGGAGCGCGCGGCGAUCUCGUCCGCGGACCGGCUCUGGGCCGACGUCCGCGCGCUCGACGGCGGCUGCCGCACGCGGCCGCCGCUCCUCGGCGCGACGCCGGCGGUGCUCCUGGACCGGCCGCGGCCGCCGGCCUGGCCGGCGACGCGCCGCGUCCGCGGCCGGCCGACGUCCGUGGCGUCCGCGGGUCUGCGGGACUACGGCGAGCCCGCGGGCUACUACCUCGCCGUCGUCCGCGUCCACGCCGAGCUCGGCUGCCUGCGCUUCUACGAGCACUACGCCUACGCGUUCGACGCCGCGCCGCCGUUCGCGGUCCUCGCGCGGUCCGCGCGGCCCCUGCCGCUCGCCGCGCGGUCCUUCGCGGCCGCGCGCGGCGGCGAGUGCCGCGCGGCCGAGUCCUGGCGCGUCGCCACGGGCCGCGCCAAGUUCGCCGCCGGCGCGACGGCGAACGGCACGCACCUCGCCGUCUCCUACAGCGCGGGCGCGGACUGGACGCCCCGCGUCUGGACCGCGCCCCUCGACGACGUCGAGGCCGCGCUCGUCGCCGUCGCGCCGCGCCUCGACGACCUGCUCGUCGCCUGCGACGGCGGCUCGGACUGCGCGGUGCUCGCGGCCCACGGCGACGCGUUAUUGUUGCCGCCAACGAUCCGGCGUUUUCUAUGCCUUCUCGGGCUGCCCGAGCAAGGCUGGCCGCGUGAUUUUUGGCCGCACGCGUCGGCGGCCGUGACGGUGGAGGUCAUGUUCCUCUUCCGCGGCGACGUCACCGCGUGCACGAAUCCCUGCGACGCGGAGGAGGGCUCCGAGACCCACUUCGACGACAUCGAGGACGUCGACGUCGACGGCGUCGCCGGCGGUUCCGAGGACGUGCGCGGGCGGCAUCGGCGGCGGCGCCUGGUGCCCGGGGCGCGGCGGCGGCGGCGGCGGCGGGCGGCGCCGGACACGCCCGUGGAGCUCGACGAGCACGACAUCAAGGCGCGGGGCGCGGAGGAGGCCGCGCGGAUUCUGGAAUACGACGCGAACCGCGACGGCAAGAUCAGCGCGGAGGAGAUGAAGGACAUGCGGGCCGACGAGGCCAUGGGCAUCCAGCAGAGCGUGCUGCGGGACGUCGCGGACCGCUUCGACAGUUUGGACGAGUACAAGUCGAAGCUCGUCGCGCUGACGGUGCUCUGCGUCUUCGUCCUCGUCUACGCGUCCGCGCUCUACAUGCAGGCCGACGUCAAGGUCAAGUUCGACCUGACGACGACGCUGUUGGACUCGCUCGCGCCGACGGACCCGGCGACGGGCGAGUACGCGAGUACCUUCGACAGCGUCGACGCGAUCUACGAGUGGAUCGACGAGACGUUCUUGGAGACGUACUGGCAGAACCCGCAGUGCGGCGACAACGCGUGCUACCUGCCGGAGGAGUACCCGGCCAUGUUCGCCUACGGCUGCCAGGCGGACUGCGGCGUCCAGACGCAGACGACGAAGGUCGCGGUCCGCGCGACGGCGCGCUACGACUACGACAAGCGGCGCGCGUACCAGGACGACGACGACGCGACGUUCAUCGUCUCGUCCGAGGCGUCCGAGGCGACGUUCGUCGACGCGACGUCUUUCCAGAUCUGCUCCAGCGGCCCGAACAUGGGCGUGGACCUGCUGACGGGCGAGACGAUCUGCUGGAGCGACCCGGCGGUGUCGUUCGAGGAGAGCGCGCAGUCGCGGCUGUUCGUCUACGACGUGCCCGACGGCGAGUGGACCAUCUCCUGGGACGCGCCGCUCGGGGCCAUGGACGUGGAGAUUUUAGUGAACUACACGGACGGCGGCUUCAACGACACGCUCUCCCGCAAGUACUCGUCCUACGAGCACUGCCCCGCGCUCCCGACGAAGUUCGCGCCCACGCGGGACGAGGGCGCCGUGGGGCCCUUCCCGCUCGUCGACGAGUUCUCCCAGCCGCCGGCCCUGGAGAACUACGUCGCGCCGGAGAACGUCCACGGCUCGCCGGACUGCGCGCCGGGCGAGCGCCACACGGCCGUGCUGCUCGCGACGCAGGCGGCGACGUACGUCUGCGCGUCCGUGACGAGCCGCUACGCCGAGGGCGACUACGGCGUCUUCACGAAUCUGACGCACGUGAGCUACGGCGACGCGCUCGUCGGGGACCGCGACCGCUACGACUGCUACCCGGACCACGACGAGGCCGCGUGCCUCGAGAGCGGCGCGCCGGGCGACUGCUGCGCGGCGCCGGGGACGGGCUCCUGCGACGCGGGCUUCGAGGUGGGACACCAGUUCAGCGCCUGCCACGCCCCCGACGACGUCGCCAAGGAGUCGACGUACCUCUACACGUGCUGCCACCCGAGCUACGAGUCGCUCCCGGCGGCGCCGGAGCCCGUCGACGUCGCGGAGCUCGCCCUGCCGGACGACAUGACGCCCCUCGAGGCGCCCUACUACUACUGGGUCGACGAGUCCUGCGACGACGCGACGCUGCGCAAGAUCACGGUGGCCGUCUACGUGCCACAGCCCGGGUCGGAGAGCCAGUGCGACCCGGGCGACGCCGUCGACGUCGACACGGGCUGGGCGUCCGUCGACUACCGGCGCUGCCCCGCGGGCGUCGACCACCUCGACGACGCGCAGUGCACGUCCGUCUACUACUUCCUCGUGGAGGCGCUCGUGUCGGGCCUCAACUACGUCGACCUCUGCGUGCCCGCCGUCGACGACUACGCGUGCGAGGACAACCUGCUCGAGUCCUACGUCCAGGACCCCUUCGACACGCUCUGGUACACCCAGGACGACAACGUCUGCGGCGAAGACUGGGACGACGCCGACGAGGGCCACGUCGUCGUGAAGCUGGCGUCGUUCGGGACGUGGUUCGCGGACGCGCGCGCGUGGGUCGUCGACGCAGACGGCGGCUGCCCGCUCGCGGACGUCGCGGGCGCGGCGGCGACGCCCCAGGAUGCGCGCUACCGCGAGGGCCCCGACUUUGCGUAUUUCACGUCGCUGGGCUACUCCUUCGACCUCCAGAUGUUCAAUCUGGAGGUGAACACGACGGCCGCGGCCCGGGCCUGCGACGUCCCGGGCCUCGAGGUCAAGAUGGACGCGGCGCACGGCACCUGGCGCCUGUCCUCCUACCAGAGGGCCUACCAGGCCCUCGACCUCGCCGGCGCGGCCGUGUCCGCGCCGCCCGCGCGCUACCCCCUCCGCGAGGAGGCGUCGCUCGCGACGAUGGGCACGCCGGACAACGGCGACGGCAUGACGUCCAACGGCGACAUCUGGUCCGUCGUGCACGUCUGCGGGUCCAACGACACGUCGACCGUCUUCGACUUCGACUGGAACUUCCUCCCCGAGUCCGCGACGGACGCGGACUUUUCGACGGGCCGCGCGUGGGUCAUCGACGGCGAGACGCUCUGCGGGCCGGGCUCCGCGCGGCUCUUCUACGCCGGCGACGAGCAGAACUUCUUCGAGGACGCGGCGUCCUUCGUCGGCGGCUCGACGGCGCUCGCGUCGACGAACGCGGCCGCGGCCUACAACAACUUCACGAGCCCGGGCUACCCGCUCGCGUACACGAAGCUCCAGUACACGCACCCGACGGCCCAGCAGUGCGCCGACCCCUGGGAGAGCUACCGGGACAUGGACGCGGCCUACGUCUACGCCUACGAGGAGCCCCUCCUCAUGCAGACGCUCGUCGAGUCCGGCGUCGCCGCCGCGGGCUCGGACGCGAUCGCGUUCAAGGACGGCGCGGCCUGCCCCGACGACGCGCCCGUGGAGCUCGUGCUGUCCCUCAUCUUCCCCGCGGGCUACGGCGACCUCCAGGUCCACGUCUCCGCGGGCUCCCACGGCCAGUACGUGUCGCGGCUCCAGGCGUCGCCGUCGCAGGACCCGGACGCGGACGGCCGCGCGUUCCCGGAGGGCCACCUGUCCAAGUGGUGCGCGCGGGCGGGCAACUACACGCUCCACGUCUACACGGGCUCGGGCACGGGCGACUACGGGUCCAUCGACGGCACCGUGGCCCUGUCCUACGUGGACGCGGACGCGACGAGCUGCCUCGUCUCCGCGUACGUGUCCGGCACGACCGUCAAGUUCCUGCCCGAGGCCUACGCGGGCGAGUUCUACGAGUCCGACGACGACGGCGACGACUACUACGCCUACGGCGACGACGGCGACGACGACUGGUGGGGCAGCGAGCGCACGUCGGGCGCGCCGUCGCGCGACUUCGACGUCGUCGGGGGCAAGAACCGCGGCGCGGGCUGCGACGCGCUCGUGGCCCCGUCGGGCACGCUCAAGUCAGGAUGGGUCGGCUGCCCGCGCGCCCAGCGCUACCGCAUCGUCGCCCAGACCGCGGACGCCGUCGACGGCGCGUCGCUGCGGCUCUGGUACUACGGCUCGAACUUCAACAAGAGCCGGGACAUGUCGAUGGCGCUGGACAUGUCGCCCAUGAUGAACCGGACCACGAGGCCGCCGACGGGCGCGCCGACGGCCGCCGCGGCCUCGACGACCGACAAAUUCGCGCAGCAGACGACCGAGGAGGCGACGGACGACGCCGUCGCGUACGCGACGCCGAACGUGACGCGAGAGAUCGUCAUGGGGAGCCUCCGCGACGCCUUCGCGGCGCGGAGCAACUACACGGACGAGUGGUGCCUCGACGACGGCGCCUACCACCUCGAGGCCUACGACGCGUCGGGCGCCGGCUGGGCCGGCGGCACGCUGUCGCUCUACGACGAGUCGAACUGCCUCUUAGCGCAGCUCGCGCCCGAGGCCUUCGACGCGGGCCCCUUCAGCGGGUCGGUCUACGCCUUCGACGUGGCCAUGGGCGGCGACGACGACGACGCCCCGCGGAACUGCCAGGUGCCGACGCCCUACUGGGACCCGAACCUGUGGUGCCCCUACGACGACGACCUGCUGGCGACGUGCGCGCGGACGUACGCGGGGCCCGAGUGGCGCAACGGCUUCGACGACUCGGAGAACCCCAUCUGCAGCUCGGUCUGCGCCCAGCCCGCCUGCGUGCGGAAAACGCUCGACGCCUACGGGCCGCCGGACGUCGACUACGGCUGCUGCGACUUCGAGGCGGCCGCGGAUCGCACGUUCACGGUCGACUCCUACGGCUUCACCUACCUCGACGACGAGGGCGCGGUCAUGGACGCCAACUCGGGCGUGCCCGUGAUCCCCGACGAGGCGCGGGAGCGCUUCGUCGCGACGCGGAACCGCAUCCUCGUCGGCCUCGUGCUCCAGCAGACGCGGAACAGCGAGCGCGGCUGCUCCGUCUACGGCCACGAGGAGAAGCUCUACGACAUGUGCCGCGGCUCGCAGCGGUCCGAGGAGCGCUUCGGCAUCGACUCCGUCUUCGUGCGCGACAGCACGCUCUACAACGCGUACGGCGACGGCAUCCAGAACGCGAUCGGCGUCAACAAGUCCGCGUACUCGCGGAGCUGCCUCCCGCCGGGCUGCGGCGACUUCUACGCCGCCGACGAGCUCAUGGACUCGGGCAAGGCCUACGGUUUUAGUUUUGUGAACCUGGACAAGACGAAGGCGCUGCCCGCGGAGAAGGCGCGGCUCAACGCGUACGAGGGCUACCCGCUCAUCUUCGACGUCAACGUGGGCUACGACCGGUCCCAGGAGCUGCUGACCUACGUCCGCGAGGGGUCCUACGUCGACUACUACACGGACACGCUGCGCGUCGAGCUCGUGACCUUCAACGGCGAGGUCAACAUGUACGCGUCGACGCUCUUCGAGAUCACGUUCACCGAGGAGGGCCAGAUCGACCUCUACAGCUACGUGCGCACGGUGGGCAUGAGCCAGUACAAGUGGACGGACCCGGACAACCGGCUGCGCAUCUUCCUGGAGCUCAUCUUCGUGACCAUGUUCUCCGUGACGAUGUACUUCGAGAUGCGCGAGUUCGCGUCCAUCGUCUGGCACACGGGCAGCGCCAUGGGCUACCUCAAGUCGUUCUGGAACUAUAUUGAUAUCUUGUCCAUCGUCUUCAACAUCACGUGCAUCCUCAACUGGUACCUCUACCAGCGGCGCUGCAACCACUUCAAGAUCGACGCGCGCUACGACAUCUACAGCUCGCUGUCGCUCCUCGCGAACAUGUUCCACCUCCGGGACGGCGGCGCGGGCCUCGAGGAGGCGACGAAGGCCCUCGUGCGCCUCGACAACCUCUUCGAGCUCUACGCGCAGUACAACGUCUACAACGGCCUCAACAUCAUCCUCAUCCUCAUGCGGUUCCUGAACGCGUCGGACUUCCAGCCCAAGCUGGGCAUCCUGACGCGGACCUUCUCGCGCGCGGCGGGCGACCUCGGCCACUUCUUCCUCAUCCUGUCCAUCAUCGUCGGCGGCUUCGCCUUCAUGGGCCACCUCCUCUUCGGCGCGGACGUGUCCUACUUCUCGACCGUGCCGACGUCGCUCCUCUCGUGCGUCAACAUCAUGGUCUACGGCGACACGUCGAGCAGCGAGGCCAUGCUCGAGUCGGGCAAGGACCCGGCCCUGGCGCUCCUCUUCCACCUCCUCUACUCCUUCCUCGUCGUGCUCGUGCUCGUCAACAUCGUCCUCGCCAUCAUCGUCGACAACUUCGAGAAGGCGAACGGCACGCGGCACAAGGCCAAGUCCGUCGUCUACGACUUCUACACGCUCUUCCAGGACCUCGAGAUCAAGUACCGGGGCCACAUCAUGGGCGACGUGGCCGCGCGCAAGGAGGCGCUCCGCGUGCUCCAGUCGGCCGUCGACCGCGUCGGCGAGGUCGACGGCGCCCCCGCGAGCCUCCACGGCGCGCCGCGCCGCGGCUCCCUCACGGCCCAGCACAACCGGGCGUCGGCCCACGACGCGCGGCCCCUGCCGACGACGGAGCUCGGCGACGUCGAAUUCACCGAGGGCGCCUUCGAGCGGCUCCUCGACGAGGCGCAGCGCGGCGGCGGCGCGCGCGACGGCGGCGACGACAAGCCCGCGCUGGAGAAGCAGCCGUCGGCGCAGUUCUGGAAGAAGAGCAAGAAGAAGAAGCCCGUGGACACGCACAAGCUCGCGCGCACGGUCUUCGCCAAGAAGGAGGAGCUCGGCCGCAUGAUCAUCGACGACGACGACGAGGGCAGCGACGCGGAGCUCGAGGACAUCGUCAAGGAGGCCGACGUCCGCACGCGCGCCUUCGAGGACCGCAUCGACGCGAAGAUCGCGCACCUCCAGGCCUCCGUCGACGCCCUCGUCGGUCUGCGCGGCGCGCCGGCGGCGGCGGCGGCGAAGCCCAAGCUCCCCCGGGCCAAAAAGCCCGGGCCCCGCGCCCACGUGACGAACGCGAACGAGGUCGACGGCAUCAACCGCCUCCUCAACGUCGCGCUCCAGGGCAACCCGCCCGACCGCGACUACAUCGCCGAGCUCCGGGCGCGGCGCACGUUCCUCAUCUCGGGCUCGCCGCCCGUCGCGGCGCGCUCCGCGGAGGAGGACGACCCGCCCGGCGGCGAGAGCGGCGACGAGGAGGACUACUAG